GGCCCAGUGGGCCCCAGGUUCCUGUGAAUCCCCGCGCCCCGGCUGCCCUGUGGACUCUGGCUGCCUGGUCUCCACCCCUACCUGAUUUCCACUACUGAGAGCGGGAUCUCGAGAGAUGGCUGCCCAAUGCGUUACAAAGGUGCAACUGAGCAUUUCCUGUGACAAUCUUUUGGAUAUGGAUGUAGGGUCAAAGUCGGACCCCUUAUGUGUGUUAUUUUUGAAUACGAGUGGUCAACAGUGGUAUGAGGUUGAUCGCACAGAAAGGAUUAAGAAUUGCUUGAAUCCCACAUUUUCCAAGACAUUUAUUAUUGAUUACUACUUUGAAGUGGUUCAGAAAUUGAAAUUUGGGAUUUAUGACAUUGACAACAAAACUGUCGUGCUGAGUGAUGAUGACUUCCUAGGAGAAUUUGAAUGUACCCUUGGACAAAUUGUGUCCAGUAAGAGGCUAACUCGACCACUGGUGCUUAAAAAUGGCAAACCUGCGGGGAAAGGGACCAUUACGAUUUCAGCUGAAGAAAUAAAGGAUAACAGAGUGGUCUUAUUUGAAAUGGAGGCAAGAAAACUGGACAAUAAGGAUCUAUUUGGAAAGUCAGAUCCAUACCUGGAAUUCCACAAGCAGACAUCUGAUGGAAACUGGCUAAUGGUUCAUCGAACAGAGGUUAUUAAAAAUAACUUGAAUCCUGUUUGGAGGCCUUUUAAAAUCUCUCUUAACUCCCUGUGCUAUGGAGAUAUGGACAAAACUAUCAAGGUAGAGUGCUAUGAUUAUGAUAAUGAUGGGUCACAUGAUCUCAUUGGAACAUUUCAAACCACCAUGACAAAACUGAAAGAAGCCUCCAGAAACUCACCUGUGGAAUUUGAAUGCAUAAAUGAAAAAAAGAGGCAAAAGAAGAAAAGCUACAAGAAUUCAGGUGUUAUCAGUGUGAAACAUUGUGAGAUUACAGUGGAAUGCACAUUCCUUGACUAUAUCAUGGGAGGAUGUCAGCUGAAUUUUACUGUGGGAGUGGACUUCACUGGCUCAAAUGGCGACCCAAGGUCUCCUGAUUCCCUUCAUUACAUCAGCCCCAAUGGUGUUAAUGAGUAUUUGACUGCUAUCUGGUCUGUGGGACUGGUCAUUCAAGAUUAUGAUGCUGAUAAAAUGUUUCCAGCGUUUGGUUUUGGAGCUCAGAUACCUCCUCAGUGGCAGGUUUCACAUGAAUUUCCAAUGAACUUUAAUCCAUCCAAUCCCUACUGCAAUGGAAUCCAAGGCAUUGUAGAGGCAUAUAGGGCCUGCCUUCCUCAGAUAAAACUCUAUGGACCAACUAAUUUUUCUCCAAUCAUAAAUCAUGUGGCCAGGUUUGCUGCUGCAGCAACACAACAACAGACAGCUUCUCAAUAUUUUGUGCUCUUAAUCAUUACUGAUGGUGUGAUAACAGACCUUGAUGAGACCAGACAAGCUAUAGUUAAUGCUGCCAAGCUUCCUAUGUCCAUCAUCAUUGUUGGAGUGGGAGGUGCUGACUUCAGUGCCAUGGAGUUUCUGGAUGGUGACGGUGGAAGUCUGCGGUCCCCAUCAGGCGAGGUAGCCAUCCGAGAUAUCGUCCAGUUUGUGCCUUUCAGACAGUUCCAGAAUGCUCCAAAAGAAGCGCUUGCUCAGUGUGUCUUGGCAGAGAUCCCCCAGCAGGUGGUGGGCUACUUCAACACAUACAAACUCCUUCCUCCCAAGAACCCAGCUAAGAAAUGAAAGGAGCCAUGGCCGCAGGAGCAGAAUUCUUUUGUGCUGUAUGGAGCAAUGGAUUCCUCUCCCACCCCAAAUCAUGAAUCUGUUAUUUUACAUGCUUUUCAUCCCUAGCAUUUAUGAUGUAAACCUAGUUCUCUACGGAUUCUAUCUAUUUAAAGCAUUCUUUUUAUACUUUUUUUGGAGGAAAGUGCUAAGUUAAUCUCUGCUCAAUCAGUGCUGUGAUUGCUAGUGACUUGCAGUGACACUAUCAGGAUUAGAAACUCGUGUGAGAAGAGCUGAUUUGGUGGUUGUGGUUGUUUAUUUACAUAUUGUGAAAAUGCUGUUUUUUGAAUGUUUGCCCCUAGAGAGAAUGGAAAAUUGCUAGGAUGUGAUUUACAGGUUGCUAUACUUUGUUCUAGGCAAUAUAUGUUUUAUAAACCAAUGUCCAUACCUGAUGACAAGAACUUCUUAAAUUACAUGAUAUUGAAUUUGUUCCUAUAACUGUAUUCAAUGCUUUUCCAUGGGAUAAAACUUCAUUCACUUUUGCCUCAAAAUUGCUGCACUUUAGACAUUGCAGUUUACAAAACAGUAUGCAUUCGCUUAGGACUUCAUAAAUAAUACUGAAUCAUUCGAAGGGAAGGUACAUAUUCAAUUCUUAAAAUGUACAAUCAGUAGGUAAAAGGAACCUCAUGUAAGUAAGCCAUUUUUAUUUGCCCUUCUGGAUCUUUUAUUUCUAUUGUGGAAUACUGUAAACAUGGUCAGAUUCGACCUUUUCAUUUACUAUGUGGGACAUUCAGGAUUCUGUAUCUGCAUAGAUGAUAGUUUAUCCUAGAUUCAACAUUAUUAGAGUAUUUUAAUUGGAAUUUUCUAAAAUGUUUAGGACUGCUUUGUCCACGGAAGCUAUGAGGACCAAACAUAUAAGAGGAAAUUCAGAAUUCCAUUCCCUUUUAACUAACGAAAUACUUUAGUUAUUAAAAAAAGACAAUUUUUAUAUUUUCCUUGCUAAGAUCUCAUACAUUGAUUUGUACAUUUGUACAGAUUCAUUUAGACAUUUGCUCCGUUUUUUUAGUAACAUUUUAGUCUGAUUUUUAAACUCAUGAUAGUGGUCAUGUAUUAAUCAAAAUCAAAUUUUGCAUUUUAAUAACAUGUUAUUUCCUAAGUCCAGAAUGUAUGUAUUCAGCAUAAAACCUGUUGUAACUUAAAAAAAAAAUUUCCCACUGCUGCUGCAUUAGGAUAGGGUGGACUUUACGUGCUUUUUUGCUUUUUUUUUUUUUAGAGUAGAAUUAUUUUUUUCUCUGUUUUUUACCCUUUAGAACAUAUUCAGACAUUUUCAGAAUAGAUUCAGUAACAUUUUAUUAAAGGACCUGUGUGCCAAGUACUAUGCAUAUUCAUAUGUUGGCCAAUCAUCUCUAACAAUUUAAUGUUAAAAAUUGUGUGUUUAUCAUAUGUCCUUAAGUGGAUGCACCCGGUGCCUUGCUGACAUGCCUUUCCUUACUGAAACUUGCAUCGCAGCUCAUAUCUCUCGCUCUCUGAAAUGUCGAAGGGAGAUGAGCUCUCAGCCAUGAAGAACUUUGGCUUCUCAGAAGUCGCAUGUUGUCAAGGUCAGGCUAAGAGGAGACCUGCUUGUGCUUGUGGUUGCCUAACUCACGCGAGCAGUUCCUGCCUUCCCACUUAGCUAGCUAGCGUCUGCAUACGUGCUGUUAACUUGAAGGUGCCUAACUAAUAGGCUGUUACUCUAUGGCAUAUCUCAGUUGACAAAUCAUUUUAGCAUUAGUUAAGUGAGAAAAAAACUGAUAAUUCUUCCAGUAGUUUGGAGCCUUUGUUGUCUCAGAUGUCCUGAUUUCAGUUCUCUUUGUGUGCUUGGAAACAGCAUAUAUAUAUUGCUGUGGUUUUCAGGAUUUUUUUUUUUUGAAGCCUUAAAAAAAAAUGAUAUACACACAUCCUCAGUGUAUGGUGAAACAGAUAGAAGUGGAGCUUCUCUACGCUGGAGCAGGGUCCAGAGUCCCUCUCACUGGUCCUCCUCCUCCCUCCCCUUAACCAGCUGCUGGCAGCCCUGAGUCACCAGCACUGGGCACCUGGGAACCACUGGUCGUGAGCAUUCAUUGUUUUCAUUAGCCGAAUACUGGUACUUCUGUCACCACUGUCUGAUUUGGUCUUCAUAAUUUUAUAUGCUGGUUUUAACCAGAAUCAUUCCAAUUUUUAAAUUACUUUUUAAAAAUUCAUUCUUGAUCAGGUUCAUCAGUAGAUGCUAUUAUUCAUAGGAACUAUGAUUCCAGCAAAUGAGGAUAAUUGAUGCCUUUUUGCAGUUCUGAAUAAAAGCAUUUACAGUUUCUAAAUUAUCAUUUGGUAAAAUUCUUACUAUUUCACCAUUUCACCUCAUCACAUACUGAUUCAAUAUUUUUCUGUAUAAAAAUAGCCCUUUUCCCUAUUGUGCCACCAUGCACUGCACUGUCACCAGUUCUUAAAAUGCAUUAAAAAAAAAUAACCAAGUUGACUUUCCCGUCUCAUAUGAUCAUCUGUCUUACAAACACGUAUUGGGGUGACAGUGCCCUGGGCAAACGUAAUAUUUCUCACUAUGCCUGCACUGAGAAAAUAAUAUAUACCAAUUAGCAUGGUUAUGUCACCUUGUGCUUUGAAUUGAAAUUUUUAAGAUCAUAAAAUUUCAAAGUCAGAUCAGGGAUUUACAACUGUUCAUUUUGGUAGUGCCUUAGGCACCCUUUCCAGAAAAAGUUCUGUGCCCCAUUGCUGUUUAUGCUUUAUUUGACAUAUUUUGCCUUUUUCAUUUUAUAAAUUUCCAGGAAAACCAUCUUCAAUAAAUUUCUUCUAGUCUCUUUCUGUGUGCAGUUGAUAGUCAUGGGAGUGACACAUAAGGGAAGCCAGAGGUUUGGUUAUGAUUGGCAAGAGACUAUCUUGUGCUUUAAUGAUGUUGUACUUGAUAAUAAGUGUAUAAGUUACUAAUGUAUGAAUUCAUGUUAAAUAUAUCUUCCAUUUGAAUUCCCUUUGGAUAAAGUUAUUUCUUGAUGUGAUUCAAUAAUAGUGCCUUGUUUUCAUUUAUUCUUUCUCUAAAUUGUUAUCAAAACCAGUAGAAAAAUUAGAAAUAAAGCGAAUAUAGUAUUUAGGGUGGC